UUCAAAAAAAAUGUGUAGAAUCAUUAUUCCCCAGCCUAAUAGCAAACACCUGACCGAUAUUUUCUCCUUUUCCGGCCAAAAAAGUUAUCUUCUCUUUCACUUCCGACCAACCACCGUUUCUUCCUUUCAUUAGAUAACAGCAGAGAUUCUCGAGAUCCGUCCAAUUACCGCCGCAAGCCACCAUUUCCAAUUCCAGCAAUUUCCGCUCAUUUCGGACGCCGUCGACCUCAACCCCUCGAGCCUGUCUCAAGUGGAUUGUGUCUCGGUUGAGCAGCAUGGAUAAGGAUCAUCGUACAUUUAAAGAGGGGCAAGUUGUCGAGUUAAAAUCCUUUGAAAAAGGUUAUCGUGGUGCAUGGUUCCGUUGCAAGAUUAAGGGAAUUCGCACUAGAGUUGGUGAAUUAGAGCAUUGCUUGGAAUACUGUGAUUUUCAGGAUGAAACGGUGCGAUGGACAAAAAUAUAUCGAAGGCUACAUAAACGUGUGGAUCCAACCUUGAUGAUUCGUCCGCAAUAUCCUCCUUUUUAUUAUGAAAGUAAAAUGUCUGAUAUCGAUUGCACCUCUGAAGAGAUCAUCGUUGUAAAUGAUGUUUGGAAGGUGGGAGAUUUAGUGGAUUGGUGGAAGGAUGGUUGUUAUUGGUCUGGAAGAUUAAAUAAAAAAUUAGGGCCUAAGAAAUUCCAGCUCCUGUUGUUUCCAAAACCUAUUGGUGAAGAGUUAUCUUAUGUAAUAUGUUGCAAAGACUUGCGCCCUUCCUUGGAUUGGUCUCCUCAGCAUGGCUGGAAAGUGCCUGAAAAUGAAGACCAUCUCACAUGUGCUCGGCUAGUUAAACCUGCAAAUCUAGUGGCAGGGGGCUCUGUUAAUAUGACACUUCAUGAGAAGAGAAAAAACUGUGCUGCCUCAGUUUCUUCUAAUGUUUCAGCCAGUCAUUUGCUACCUCCGGACAAAUCAGAGCCAAUUGCUAAACGCCUUUUGAGAGCGUCUCCGGACAAGUCAGAGAAAAUUGCUAAAUGUCUUUUGGUAACUAAAGCCACUGCUUGCAUGGAGAGACAACGAGUGGAGGGGGCUACUGCAUGCAUGGAGAAAAAAACAGCAACUGUAUACGUAGAGACAAAACCAGUGGAGAGCAGUACCACAUGCAUCAAUACACAUGGAGUGGAGAUAAAUAAGGACUUGCAUGCUCAAGUUGGUGAUAUUGGUAAAAUUAACCCAGUUACUGAUUCAAGUUUAUGCUUAGGAGGUGCAUCAGCUGAACUGACAAAAAAUACAGUUGUAAAAGACGGUCACCAUGGCAAUGAUCCAUCCAAGAAGAUGAGAACUGAUAGAAGCAUUACAUUGAAUUCCAUAUCGUCUGAUACAAUAGAAGCGACUAUUGUGGAUUUGGAGGACCUGGUAAACCGGAUACAAUGGAUGAAGAAUAUCUUGAAGUUUGGGUUGCCUUUGCCAGAUGUUGUACCGCCGCCUUGGGAAUUUGUGGAAGACCGGCCUUUUUCCAUGCAAAAAGAAGUUCUUUUUGGAAAGAAUCUGAAUGGAUGAAUAUUAGAGCCAAGCUCCCAUCUCUGCAACUAUACUCGUGCUUUAGCACUCUUGUUAUCUUGAAGCCAUGAAAUGAUAAACUAAUUUUGUCAAUGUUCUAUUCCGAAAAUAUUAACAAAAAGCAUUGUUGAUAGGGGUCUAUGGAUGCAGCAUGAUCCUUGACAGACAUACCUGUUGUGACCAGCUUUUGAAAGACAUAUAUAUUUUCACCUGAUGGUGUUUGGUAAAAUUCACUUACUGUUUAUGAUAUGUAUGCAUUGAUUACAAGCAAGACCUUGAGUUUUACUGGAAAACUCAAAUUCUUGGGACAUUAUCGCAUCACUUGAUGCAUCGAUGAGUAUUUCUUCCUUGUAGGGAUAGAAUGUGUGUAAAAGCUUCCGGGUCAUGAUAUGUUGUUGUAAAUAGAACGUGCUAAGUACCAUGUUCGGAAUUGCAUACAGAUAUUGUACUAUUACUGUCCAUGAGAUACAUGUAUAUUUCUUAUAGGGAAAGAAUUUCAUCUA